AAUCCUUAAAUAAAAAAUAACCUUGAGAAAAACAUGCAUUUCUCUUCAUAAAACAUUCCCAAAGGAACCUUCCUUUCAAAUAUAUAUAUAUAUAUAUAUUAAACUUCAGCAAAACACACAGCUUUAUCUUACAAAACACACCAAAAUCUUCCAAAAACAACAGAUUAUUAAUUGUCUCUCUCUUUUUUUUUUUUGCAUGGAGGGUUUCCUCAACACCAAAUGGAUAGCCACGGCGGCGAGCAUAUGGAUUCAGUGCACCAGCGGUGCAUCUUAUACCUUCGGCAUCUACUCUCCGGUCCUCAAAUCAUCCCAAUCCUACGACCAAUCAACUCUGGACACCAUUUCCGUCUUCAAAGACAUAGGCGCUAACGCCGGUAUCCUCUCCGGCCUCCUUUACUCCACCGUCACCUCUCGCCGUACCAGACUCCUUAAUGGUCCUUGGGUGGUCCACGUAGCCGGUGCCGUCCAAUGCUUCGUUGGGUAUUUCUUGAUAUGGGCAUCCGUGGUGGGGUUAAUCCGGCAGCCGCCGGUGCCGUUGAUGUGCUUGUUCAUGCUGGUGGCAGCUCAUGCGCAAACAUUUUUCAAUACGGCAAAUGUGGUUAGUGGCGUUGAAAAUUUUCAUCAAUUUGGUGGGACCAUCGUGGGGAUUAUGAAGGGGUUUCUUGGUUUGAGUGGAGCAAUUCUGAUUCAAGUUUACGACACAUUAUGUGAGGGUGACCCAACCGCUUACAUUUUGAUCCUUGCCAUCACUCCCACUGUGACCUCCCUAUUGCUCAUGCCUUUGGUCAAAAUCUAUGGAACCACCACGGUCGAUGACAAGAAGCACUUAAAUGGUUUCUCGUCCAGUGCUUUGGUCGUUGCCGCUUAUCUCAUGGUCAUUAUAAUAUUGGACAAUGUCUUCACCUUACCAUCAUGGGCCCGGAUCAUUACCUUCAUGUUUCUACUCCUUUUACUUGCCUCACCUUUUGGAAUUGCAGCCAAAGCCCACAAGGAAUGCAAGAGGCCUUCUAUCGAAACGAGCCCUUUGAUGGAUGAUUCAGAACCAAUGCCAACCAAAUGCGGGGAGUACCACGAGAUUCCUGGUGAACCGGACCGAGUUAAGGAGGUUGCUUCGUCUUCGAAUGAGAGCUUAUCAAAUGAUGAUCUAGAAGAUGGUAUUGAUAUGAAUCUAUCGAGAGCGAUGCUUACUGUUAACUUCUGGUUGUUGUUCGUUGCGAUGAUAUGUGGAAUGGGUUCGGGUUUGGCGACUAUAAAUAACAUUAGCCAAAUAGGUCAAUCUCUUGGUUACUCGACCAUUGAGAGAUCUUCUUUGGUUGCUUUAUGGAGCAUAUGGAAUUUCCUUGGUCGGUUCGGGGCGGGGUUUUUGUCGGACAUAAUGUUGCACAAAGGUUGGGCGAGGCCGUUGUUCAUGGUUAUUACGCUAGCCACAUUGACGUUUGGCCACUUGAUCGUCGCUUCAGGCUUUCCUGGAAACUUGUACAUAGGCUCAGUCAUGGUAGGCAUUUGUUAUGGCUCACAGUGGUCGUUGAUGCCGACCAUCACGUCUGAGAUAUUUGGUGUUAGACACAUGGGCACCAUAUUCAACACCAUUGCCAUUGCUAGUCCUAUCGGAUCUUACAUUUUUUCCGUGAGGAUCAUCGGGUACAUUUACGACAAAAUGGCAACCAGUGAAGACAACUCGUGCUAUGGCACUCGAUGUUUCAUGUUAUCGUUUUUCAUCAUGGCAGCGGUUGCUUUCCUUGGAUUCCUCAUUGCGUUCGCAUUGUUUCUUCGAACAAGGAGGUUUUAUAGGCAGAUUGUGCUUCUAAGAUCAAGGCAUUCUUAAGUAUCUCGAGAAGCAAUUAGUAAUUCUUUUAGUAGAGAUUCAAGAGAAGAUUCGAGUAAGAGAUUAAAAUUUCGAUUUACCUUUUUUUUUUAUUAUGAUUGCAAAUGUAAUGAAUGGUAUUGCUAUUAAAUUAGACCCAAAGCAUAGUAUAAAUAGGGUCGGAUAUUAUUUAAA